UCUUCUUAUGUGUCGUGUUGAAAUUAUUGUCUGAUAAAAAAAAGCAUCGAUCUACUCCGGUUCUAUUGCCGCGUUGAUUAGAAAUAAAAAAUAUCUGAGAUAAGCGUUGAAGAAUAUCUCUUCGGUUGACUGUAUCCUAAUAGUGAAAAAGGAAAGAUGAAAGUCUCGUUAUCUUAGCACCGAUUGGAAUCGGUUUACAAUUUCGUUUAAUUAGACAAGGGAACAGAUCAAAAAAAAGGAAUCACGUGGAUUAGUCGAAAAGAUCUUUUGCCACGGCCACGUUUAACCGAUCGACGACCGACGUCAGUUGCCAGCAUCGUUAUGUUCUCAAUCGAAUACAGCAAACAAUUCCUGAGCUACCGUAUACUCAAGUCGAACCGGUUCAAAUACAUCUGACGAUACGGACUCGGACUAAGUGCUAAAAAAAGGGGGGUGCGAAAAGCUGAGAAAGAGUGGCGAGUAGUGCGUGUGUGUAUUUCAUUUAAUACCGGCAACACGACUUGGCGUUUUAUACGGUUAGCUCAGAAAUCAAGGGUUCGUUCUAUCGAUAAUCAGCAAGACCUGAAAAGUCUUGUUGUGGUGGUCGUUCGAUGGAAGGAAGAUCGAUCGAUCGAUUUCCUUGACGAUUAAAUCAAUUCUGAGAACAAAAUUGUCGUUGGUAAGAGAAAUUUUGGAGGGAAUAAGGAAUACUAUCGAUUCGUUAAAUUGUUCAAAGUUAAGGAAAGAAUUGGUGCCAAGAGUUGUCUUGCUGUUGAUCAUUUCCAGAUACCUUCCUCUCUUAUAAGAUUAAUUAAGUCUUAUCUUCGAUCGAAGCAGCAAUUAAAACCAAAAUCUGCACGUCUUUGGGUAGAUCCGACGAGGUUUUCUUCUUUAAAAGGAAGCAAAGGGGAAAAAAGAAAAGGGUAAAAAAAUGAUCGUUUACGUUCCGGGCAGAAUGCCAAGCCACGUUGGUCCCUACGGUGCCGCUCGUUAUCCUGGCACCCUGCUAGGAGCGAUACCGAGUUUUUACAACCCGGUUUCCGGUUACUCCAACUCGAGUUACUACGACUACGGGAGCCUGAGCCAGCAGCAACACCAUCACCACCAGCAGCAUCACCAGCUCCACCAACAGCAACGGCAGGGAUCGCUAAACCUUCCGGUUUGGCCUCGAAGGAUGCCGACGGAGGAGGAACUGCUGCCAAAUUCUACGAGCGUCGUCGCUUUGCCCGGCCUCGGAAUACCCUCUCCUGCUGCUGCUGCCGCUGCCGUUGCCGUUGUUGGACUCGGAAAUGGGGGCCCGCCGCCGAGCCCUGCUCACAGUGAUUCCGAUGCCUCCAGUUCUAGUCUCGAGCUAGGUUCCGUUCGGAGGGGGGAAAAUGCCCAACUCAAAUGCAGAUGGCAAAACUGUGGCCGAUGGUUCGCAUCAUUGGAACAGCUUGCUGGACACGUCGCGAGACUACACGCUGCGCCUGGUGCUCGAGGAUUGUUCUAUUGUGGAUGGGAAGGAUGUGCGAGAGGUGAACGUGGAUUUAAUGCCAGGUACAAGAUGUUGGUCCACGUCCGUACGCAUACAAACGAGAAACCACAUCACUGUUUUCAAUGCGAUAAGAGUUUCAGCAGGGCGGAGAACCUAAAGAUUCAUGCUAGAUCCCAUACUGGUGAACGUCCGUACGUCUGUCCUGUUGAAGGUUGCAACAAGGCCUAUUCUAAUUCCUCGGAUAGAUUCAAACAUACCAGGACUCAUGCCGUCGAUAAGCCGUAUUGUUGUAAGGUUCCGGGAUGCCCAAAAAGGUAUACGGAUCCUUCGUCCCUAAGAAAACACGUUAAAACUUACAGGCACUAUGUAAACAACAAUGAUAAAGUGCAGGAGAAAAGUUUAGAUGAUAACCAUUUACAAGAUAAAACGAGAUUCGAUGCUACCUCACCCGAGAAACAAAACAGCAGUUGUACUACUCAUUCUGAAUCCGACAAAAAGGAUUCCAGCAUCGGAAGUAGCAACACCUCUUGCUCGAGUCCAAAGGCGAGCAAUAGCUUCGAGGAGCAGAAGAACUUUGUCGAAUGGAACAACAUGUACAAUCUGCAGGAUCAACGGAAAGAAAAUGAUAUUCUACAAAAUUCCUAUGGACAAGAAGUCAAAAUUUAUUCGAAAAUAUAUGACGAUAGCUAUAUAAUACCGGAUAGAAUCCAAGUGAAUCCGAUCUACGCGAAUACGAUUGGUAAUACAAUUAUAAAGGAUUGUUCCUCCAUGAUAUCUCCUCGUACUAGUCCAAGACACGUUCCAGAAACAAUGACCAUACGAAUUGGUAUGCAAUCGACACCAAUUAAAACAGAAGAACCAAUGGAAUGUCAGAGUAACAUAAGCACGGUCGAUUAUAGAAAUAUCGAUUCAAUUGUUAAUAGUACACCUUGCAAAAAAGAGAGCAACGUCGGUUGCGAUAUUAUAAGAAACUCUGUGAUAAAGCGAGCCGAAGACGUUAAGAUAGAAGUGGUCGAGCAUAAGCCAAUAAAAGAGAAAACGAAUAAAGAUAUGGUAGAAGAGUGCUGUUGCCGUCACAAAUGUUGCGUUCAUAGUAAUAACAGUAUUUUGGAAAAAACUAAGAUGCUUUCUGAUCUUAUACUCAAGUCGCGAAAUCCCCUCUUUCAGCAUCUUCUUGGUUCGGUUGAUCUGCAAUAUGGCUUUGAAAAUAUGUGGACCAAUAUUGUUGACAAUACUAAUACUUGCGGACAAGAUCUCAGAGUUAAAACCGAGAAUAUUACUGAAAUGGAAGAAGAUCUUCCCUUGGACCUAACAAUUAACAAAUAAUGGUAGUGUAUCUAAAAGAAAAUUUUUACAACAAAAUUAUCAAAAAGCUUACCUUCAUUUGUUGUGCCUUAAUGGAUCUUUAAAAUAUAACGUAUAUAUGAAUGUGUUAUCUCGAGUGUUAAAUAUUUGAAAUUGACGAAUAUUGAAAGAUGUUUAGUAGAUGAAGAAAAGACUUUAUCUUAAAUUAUAAUGCUACGAAUUAUGUAUAUAUUACACACGAUCAAUAUGAUUUUCUUUACAAUAAUUUGAAAUCGCAUUCUAAUAUCUCGAUACACUAUUACUAUGUUUUAUAUUUAAAAAGCAUGCAUAUGUAAUAUAUGUAAAUAGACAAAAAUAUAUACAUAUAUAUAUAUUAUAUAUGUACGCACGUUCGUACAAGCGAUCAAUCCACCUGAAUAUUAAUAAACCAGGAAUGCAAUUUCCCGAUUUUGAAAGCGCAUUCUACUUCAGAAAGAUAAUGAAUAAAAAUAUAU